CUCUCAGUGGCGGGCCCUGUCACUGGGUCUGGGAGGCCCCUUGCUCAGGUUCUUGCUCUCGAGGGUCACCUCAGUCUGGCUUAUACUCAGCGAACCAAAGCAGGAGGAACAGCUCACAGAGCGGGUCCUGGCUGCCACCCAAGACCCCCACCAGUGCCCUCGGGGAUACCUCAUCAUCCUGGCUCCUUGGUCCGCCGCGUUCCCCCCGUCCCCGGCCUGUGGAGGCUUCUCUGAGUCCCUGGCCCCAUGUCCAAGCCCCCAUGGCAGGCACUGCAGCGGUGAGCCGGGGGCGGCCCCGGCGGGUGAGCAUGCGGGAGCACAUGGCCAUCGACGUGAGCCCCGGCCCCAUCCGGCCCAUCCGUCUCAUUUCCGACUACUUCCCGCAUUUCUACCCCUUCGCUGAGCAUACCCUGCGCACCCCCGAGCCACAGCCUGCAGUGACCCCCACACCCCAGCCGCAGCCUGACCCAGAGCCAGAGGGAGAUUCAGAUGACAGCACUGCCCUGGGCACCCUCGAGUUCACGCUUCUUUUUGACGCGGACAACAGCGCCCUGCACUGCACGGCUCACCGUGCCAAGGGUCUCAAGCCACCGGCCUCAGGCUCUGUGGACACCUAUGUCAAAGCCAAUCUGCUGCCAGGGGCCAGCAAGGCCAGCCAGCUGCGGACCCGUACGGUUCGGGGCACCAGGGGGCCUGUCUGGGAGGAGACCCUCACCUACCACGGCUUCACCCGCCAGGAUGCUGGGCGGAAGACUCUGCGGCUGUGUGUGUGUGAGGACCCACGGCUGCGGCGACGGCGGCAGGUGCCUCCCCUGGGGGAACUGCGGGUGCCCCUGAGGAAGCUGGUGCCGAACCGAGCCAGGAGCUUCGACGUGUGUCUGGAGAAGCGGAAGCUGACCAAGAGGCCCAAGAGCCUGGACACAGCCCGUGGCAUGUCCCUGUAUGAGGAGGAGGAGGUGGAGGCAGCAGGCGAGGAGCGGGGGCGCAUCCUGCUGUCCCUGUGCUACAGCUCUCGGCGGGGCGGCCUGCUGGUGGGUGUGCUGCGCUGUGCCCACCUCGCCCCCAUGGAUGCCAACGGCUACUCGGACCCCUUUGUCCGCCUUUUCCUGCAUCCAAAUGUGGGGAAGAGAUCUAAAUACAAGACCAGUGUUCGGAAGAAGACCCUGAACCCCGAGUUCAAUGAGGAGUUCUUCUACGCAGGCCCAAGGGAGGAGCUGGCCCAGAAGACACUGCUGGUGUCUGUAUGGGACUAUGACCUGGGCACAGCGGACGACUUCAUUGGUGGGGUACAGCUGAGUAGCCAGGCUGGCGGGGAACGCCAGUGGCACUGGUGUGAGUGCCUGGGCCGCAGUGACCACCGACUGGAGCUGUGGCACCCGCUGGACGGCGCGUCCCUCCAGCUCAGCGACUAGAGGGGGUACCCGGCCUGGCGCUGCUCACCACCUCCCGAAAACUGACCCGUAGAGCUGGGAGGACCUACAGCUGCCUCACCCCUAUACCGAGCCCCACGUCCAACUGUUGCUUUCCUGCCCACCCUUCCCAGUUCAUCCCGCGGCCCAUCACAAAGCAAGAAUAAACCUGCAGACCAGA